AUGUACUGCCAGAAACAUCAAGACAGCCAUCUGGACCAGGCCGAUCGCACAAAACUUGCCGAUCUCCUGGUUAGUUCUCAUGGACAGCUAACGGCCUGGAAGAUGGCUCUGCGCAUUUGGAAGAAGAUGGGUAGGAGGGAGCUGUGCGAACGAACCAGGAACGAGGAUCUUGGAUCAGUUCCUGCUCCAGUUCUUCCAGCCUGCUCAGAUGAAAGAAAUAAGUAUCUAGAAUGAAUGAGAGAGAAAUUCAAAUUCAUGAAGGAUAAGAACUCUCAUCCUGGGGAGCAUGAGCUCUUUCACCACCUAUUCACACAGCUGCUGCUUCUUCAGGAGUACUGUUACAAGGACCUGAAACAACAUUAGCUCCUAGUCCAAGGAUGGUUACAUGCUAAGGUCAUGGAGAAGCAAGGACAGCUUAUAGAGGUGUCAGCUUUAUUUGACCCUGAUCAAAAAGCAUGCACCCAACCACCCACUGUUGUACUGCAGGGAGCUGCUGGUAUUGGGAAGACCACUCUGGCCAUCAAAGUGAUGUUGGACUGGGCAGAGGGAAAACUCUACCAGGACAGAUUUGACUAUAUUUCCUAUCUCACUUGCAGACAACUGAACCCAUUAGGAGAGAGAGAAAUCAAUUUUGUUGAUUUAAUUGCCAAUUACUGUGGGCCUGGCCCACAGGCUCCCAUGACAGAGAUCAUGACCCAGCCAGAGAGACUUCUGUUCAUCAUUGAUGGUUUAGAUGAACUGGAAUUCCCUUGUAAUGAACAUGAAUAUGAUCUGUGCAAAGACUGGAAGCAGCAGAGGCCAGUGCCCAUCCUGCUGAGCAGUUUGCUAAGGAAAACCGUGCUCCCUGAAGCCUCCUUCCUGCUCACUACAAGACUCACUGCUCUGGGGAAAUUUAGUCCUUUGUUAGAGAAUCCACAUCAUGUGGAGAUCCUGGGCUUCUCUGUGAGGCAGAGGAAGGAGUAUUUCUGCAAAUUUUUUGGAAAAGAGGAUUUAGGUGAAAAAGCCUUUUGUUUAGUAGAAGGCAAUGUGGCACUGUUCACUAUGUGUCGUGUUCCCCUGAUGAACUGGAUUAUCUGCACUUGCCUGAAACAACAAGAGGAGAGAGGAAAAGAUCCCAUCCAGGCUUUGAAAACUAUCGCUGCCCUAUACAUGUGUUAUUUUUCAAGUUUAUUCACACCUGAUGACAAGAACUUUGUACCUCAGCACCUCAGGGGCCUUUGUAGAUUGGCUGCUGAAGGGAUCUGGGAAAGGAAACUACUGUUUGAGGAGGAGGACCUGAGGAGGCAUGGCUUAGAGGCAGCUGAUGUCUCUGCCUUCUUAGACAUGAACAUUUUUCUGGAAGACACUGACUGUGAAAACUGCUACAGCUUCACGAGUUUCCAAGAGUUUUUUGCUGCCAUGUUCUUUAUGAUGGGUACAGCCAAAGAAGGGGCAGAAAGUCCUGACUCUUCCAUUCCAGAUGUCAAAAAACUUCUGGAGGAGUGUAUCCAUCAUGGUGCCAGCUUUGUGGUCCUGGUGGUGCACUUCCUGUUUGGCUUCCUAAAUGCAGAGACAGCAAGGGAGCUGGAGACAAAGUUCAGAUGCAGAAUGUCCCCAGAAAUCAAGUCACAUUUAUCUUGGGUUGAGAGAAAAAUCAAAAAAGAUGAUAAAUGUUCCUAUUGUUUUGUGCCUGAUUUCCUAGAAUGGUAUUCUCAUUUAUAUGAGACUCAAGACCCUGAGUUUACAACACAGGCACUAGGUAACAACCAAGAAAUUUUAGUAAACGUUUCCAACCAGUGUGAUGCCCUGAGUGUGGCUUUCUGUAUCAAGCACUGCCCUGGGGCACAGAGAAUUUGCUUUUCUUAUAUUGAUGAUUUACCUGCUUGUGCUUGGGAAGAACUCUCCUCUGUGGUCUGCGAGAAUCAGAACCUGAAACAGCUCAGGUUGUCCAGUAAGACAUUUGCUGAUAAAUGUAUGGAAAACUUUUCUGUGGGACUAAGAAAUCCAAAUUGUAAACUGGAAAAACUGAUUUUGAUGACUCAUGAUCUUCCCCCUACAUGUUACGAGAAUCUCUUCUCUGCUCUCAGUAGCAAUGAGAGCCUGAAAAACCUGCAUUUGAGUGGAAAGUCCUUUGAGGAGAAGGAAAUAGAACUUCUAUGUAAGGCCUCGGAAAACCAAAACUGCAGGUUAGAGACAUUGAGUAUCUUUGACCCCCCCGACUCUGCCAUCUGCGGCAGCUCAGGAAAGCUUCUCUCCUAG